CCCACUAUGGUUCACAGUUUCUUUUCUUAUUUAUGCAAACUUUCCUUCAUCAAACUAUGAGGCUAUGAGCCAUUGAGAUCACAAAGAUGACAGAAAGGCGCCAAAUUUCGGUUCCAUUUGUUUGGGAAGAAAGACCUGGCAUACCAAACAAGGAUUGGAAACCUGCUAAAUGUAAACCCUCAAAUACCUCCAAGUUUGUUCCCCCAGAAAAGCUCAUACCUUCAGUUCCCUUUCAGUGGGAGGACAAACCAGGAACACCCCUUUCAAGCAUCCAGGUUCAGCCAAAGGGUAAUUUCGUCAUCAUAACGAACAAGCCAUUACUAACACUAGAUGAGCUGAUGACGAUGAGCCGAAGAAGAAGCUAUCAGAGAAAAGCUAACCAAAUGCAGAAACAGAGUGUGCCUAUGAAGCAGAAACUCACAGGGAGUGCUCUUGGAUGCUGUAUGCUUGGAGUUUGAAGAAGAAUUGAAGAAUUGCACACCAAAUGGAAGAGGGAGCUAAAGCUUUUCUCCAAAUAGUCUGAAACAUGGCUCAGUUUACUGAGCACCAAAAACUGGUUAUUUGUGCA